AUGUCUCUUCAUUCGCAGAACGUCAAGCUCCUCUUGACCGAGGACUUGUCGCCGCACAAGAUAGCCACUUUGCUCUUGGUGCAACUUUACUGUGAACAAUAUGUCCAUUCGUCCUUGAUCAGACCAAUUUUACGUGCUAUCAUCAAGUUCAUAGAAAAUGAACCGAUUUAUGAUCUGAACGGUUCUUUAGUGGUUCUUCCUACAAUGGCAGAUUUCUGCUAUUGGUUGGAGCAGGAGGUCAUUGGCAAUGCUGAAGAAAAUGAAAUACAAGACGAAAAUCAAAUGCAAGAUGAAAAUCAAUGUAAAGAUGAGGAAAAAGAACUUCUCAACAAACUCUGGUCAAUCAACUCUGUAGAAAGCUUGGACCAGAGCAUCACAGCAUGCUUUGUUUACCCAUUGCUGCCUACUGCAGUCAGUGUGAAAGAUGUUUACGGCCAUAAGCGACUUUCUUCGCGUUCUUUACUAGGUAGAUUCAUUCAUAAGAUCACGACUUCGUUUAGAUUGCUCAAGUUCGAUGAGGUCUUUCUACUUUAUGAAGCGUUUGUAGAAUACAGAUCGUCGUCUAGGCUGAAGUAUUUGAACUUUGGAGGCUCUAGUUCAGAUUCUUUACAUUCUACUAAGAUUCAAUCCAACAUUCAAGAUCUGGAUUUAUACAACAAGUUGAACGCUCAAUUGAAAGAAAACAUCGGCUUUGAUAUACCGACAACUGCGCAAUCCAUCGUAGACUGCAAUAAGCGGUUGUUAUUGGUACCUAAACACGAUCUCCAAACGUUGUUGGAACGUCAGAUUCAUCUACUUGAAACGUAUGGAACGCCUACACCACAGAUCUUAAAGGAUAUCAUGUAUAUCAUGACGUCUCCCAACUCAAAUACGAGUCUGAUUCAGAAUAUCAACUUCAACCAUCUACCAUCUCAUUACUAUAUAAAGUAUCUUGAAGCUUUACACGGCUGUGACUAUCUUGGAGCAUUUGAAGCAUUGCACCAAUACUUUGAUUAUAUGGUCUCAAACAACUCAAAGUACUUCUACCAUUUUGCAUUAAUAUCACGAGCUUCAUUGCACCAGUUUUUUGGCGAAGAUGAAAAGGCUAUAGAUGCAAUAGAGGAGGCUAUCUCGGUGGCCCGAGAAAACAAGGAUAAUGCUACCCUAACAUACAUUCUAUCGUGGCUCUUCAACUUCAUGAAAAAUAAACCACAAUUAUGGAACCGACAGAGUUUCUACAAUAACAACAACGAAUCGCAAUUGCUUGACUUUUUGAUUAAGAAAUCUCAACUGGUAUCGCUUCUGUUGUAUUCUAUGAGCUAUAACUUCGAAACGUUACAAAUUAUGAAUAAUGGUGGCUCCAUGACUUCGUACUUGGAAAGUUUGUUGAAAGCUAGUUACAUUUCUAUUAAUGACGAAAUACCGUCCUUUGUUAGGUCAAUGGAACUCUCUGCUACAGUGUGGAGUCGAAUCGGUAAUCCAGUCUUGAGUGAUGCGUAUAUACAAAUUCUCUUAGACUCUGCUGAUAAAAAGAACGAUCGAAUCUCAAUAAUGAUAAGAUCCAGUUUUCUUAAAUUCAUUCAGGGUGAUACCAAUGCUGCGUACAAAGAUUUGACUAAGUUGAAACGUGAAGUCGGUAAAGAGGACUACUCGUUAUUUAAUGCUAUCCAGAGCAGAAGUUUGAUAAUGAUGAUCAAAUUGAAUUUUCUCAAAGGGAGAUUCAAGAUUUGCAAAGAGAUCAUACAAGUAUUGAUUAACAACGAAGUGAAGGAAAUUGAUUUGAAAAACGAGUUGAAUUUAAUCCAAGUUGAAGUAGAGAUUCAUCUUCAGAACUAUUCGCGUGCAUUGAUGUUGAUUGCUGAUCAGUUGAACAGUUUACCAAGCAGUGACACCUACUUGAGCAUCAAGUUAAACUUGCUCAAAUGCAAAAUCUACAACUUGAGUGGAAACAAUUCGAAGUGUCUUGUCCUAAUAAUUCAACAGAUAGAGCAUGGUAAAAAAGUUGGAUUCAGAACUGUAGUUGUAGAAGGCUUGGUAUUGUUGGUUUCUACCUUGAAUAAACUUGGUUAUUACCAAGAUGGAUACGAUAUUCUCCAGGAAAUAAUGCCUGUAGUGUUAGCUGUUGGUCAUGGCGAAAUUGUUUCGCAGGCAUAUCUUGACUUAGCCCAGAUUUGCUUCCAAAUGUUCAAAGUCGGUAAGGAGAGAGCUGUUUUCAACAAGGCUCUCAAGUUCUUGAAUCUCUGUAUCAAUGGACUUAAUCAGAGUGUCAGUAUUGUGAUGUUGAAAGAUGCCUACAUGUUUGAAAAAGAGAUGGCACAUUAUAUUAAUGAGGCUAGCCUUAUUGAGCAUGCUGACAAGGGGCUUGAACAAUUGCAUGAGCGAGUACAAGUAGAAAGCUCACAUGGCUUUAUAUUGCCAUGA